UUUAAAGUUAUCAAAAAUCUUUGUAAAUUAGAACCAAUAACUUCUUAAUUGUUUGCUCAAGUGUGCCUUGAUGAAUAAAUCGUCCAAAUUUGGGCAUAUGAAUCAUCCGCAAAUACCCAAGUGAUUUUACAGGCUUUGUUUUUGCUUGUUUUUUUAUGGACUAAUGAAUCCAGUUCGUCUCUAUUAGAUAGGACCAAUUAAUCCAAACCGAACUCAUUUUACUUCUCCGCCAAUCGGUUUAUAUCGCUAAACCGAAUUCAAACUUCGGUGUCCGGUUUCGAAUUAGCCAUAUCGUGUCUAUUUAGACCAAAUCUGACCGGAAAUUUCGGUUCGGUUUGAGUAGCAGCUCAGUUUUGUUGCAUCAACAAGCGAACAAUAUAGACGCACGUCGUCUUUCCCUCGCGUCAUCGUCCCAAGAGCGCCUCUGUUUCGCCGGUACGUUCCCGCAGCUCUCUCCUACCAAUCCUCUCUCCGACCUACUCACGCGGCUUCGUUUUCCAUCUAAAGUCCUUGGUCGUAUAAGCUCGUCUCUAGCCAUGGCUCUUCCGCUCGGGAAGCUCACUAUCCUCAUCGGCGCAGGUCUUGUUGGGUCAGCAUUUGCUAGAGAAGGGGGCUUACCAGAUUUCUCGAAUUUGGUUUCGGGUGCUUUUAAGAUGGUAUUUAAGCAAUUGAAACAAGAAGAACCUAGCAAAUCAGCUAGCAAGCCCCACAAUGAUGUACUUGUGGCCCAGGUUAACAGUCUUAGGCAUGAGAUACAGUUGCUGGGGUCAAACAGACCUAUCACCAUUGUUUCAACACCAGGAUCAGGUGGUAAAAAGUAUGGUCUGAUCAUUAUCGUUGGGGUGAUAGGCUACGGAUAUGUGUGGUGGAAGGGCUGGAAACUUCCAGAUUUUAUGUUUGCGACAAGGCGUAGCUUAUCAGAUGCAUGUGAUGAUGUUGGCAAACAGAUCGAUGGUUUUUACUCAUCGCUCUCGGGUACAAAACAGGAGUUAGGUUCACAAGUUGACAGGGUGGGUCGUCGUUUGGAUGCAAAUACGGAAGUUAUUGAACAAACAGGACGAGAGGUGACUGAACUACAGGAUGGUACAGCAAUUAUAAAGGAUGACGUUAAGUCUGUUUUCGCUGCUGUUGAAACUCUGGCAAACAAAGUCUAUCGUAUUGAGGGAAAUCAGGAUAUCACGCUUAGGGGAGUUGGGGCUCUGCAUGCUCAGUGUCGGGAGAACAAAAGAAUUCAAGAGUCCAAUAAGGCUUUGCCAUCAACUUCAUCAGUGCCAGCCCUUGAGGCAGCUCCUAUGACACCAUCUUCAAGGACUCUGUCUUCACCUCCUGCUUCUCCCGAUGAAUCCCAGUCGCCGUCAACCCCUAAUGGAGCUCAACAGUCACGGGGCCCACUUCAGCACACUCAAUCUAUGUCUGGAUUGAAGGACAUAAAUGAAAGCUCUAGUAGCUGCGAGACGUCUUCGAAUGGAAAAUAUUCUGGGGGAAACGGUGCAUCAGGCUCGAGUUCAGGCGUGUUUGGUAGGUUCUCAAUACCAAGAAUAGUGAGGGCUCGUACUGUGGUCAACACAGUGCCUACUACUAACUGAAGAGAGAGAUUGUUUUUUAUUAAUUAUUAGGAUUAACAAACAAGAAGGGGGCAUGUUGUAUCUAGUAAAGUAUUUGAAUAGGUUUUGCUUUUUUUUUUGGCAUUGUGCAUCGAAACAAUGCCAUCAAUGGUGCAUAAUUUUUUUGGAGGGAUGCAGCUUAUAUUUAAAUGGGUUUAUAGGUCACAGUUAUCAGUUUGUUACUGUUUUUCGAAUACAAGAGGUUGAAGAUAGUUUCUUUAA